AAUUCGAAGAAUAAUGUCGACGCGCAGCGUAAUGAUCACGGAUCUGGACCAGACGGAUGAUAGUCAGCCGGAGCAGCAGCGUGAGCCGGAACAACCGAAGCGACAACGCAAGGUGCUGCAGACGAUAUCAGGGAACUUCAAUCGCAGAUCACGCAGUGUGGACUGCCAGGUGGAGGUGAGAAACAAGCAGGAGACGCAGCCGGGCAGCAGCGGCAAAAAGAAGCAGCAGGAACGCACGCUCAAUGGAGUGUUGCAGGCCAAGGACCAGCAGUUGGAGCAACUGCUCCAGCGUCUGUCGACGGUCCACAACUACAACGAGAGAUUUGCGGCUGAGAAUGAACAGCUGCGCGAGCAUAGUGCCCAGCUGGAACGUCGUCUGGCAGCGAGUCAACAGCAGGUGGCCAAUUGCGCCCGCUGCCAACAGCUGACCCAGAAGCUAGGGGUGAGCAUUGGCCAGAACAAGAAGCUAAUCAGCGAUGUGGAAAUGCUAAAGACGCUGGUCUUUAGGCUGAAUGUGCAAAUCGAAUCCUAUCAGGAUCAAAUGCAGCAACGGAAUAGGGAGGGAGACGAAUCGGCAGCGGGUGUAGCUACAGCUAGCCACAGUAUUAACCAAUCCGAGUGGACAGCACUGCCUGCCCAGACACUGGCUCCGCUGCUGGCUGCUUAUGAUGAGAGUCUGCGUGAUAAGGACGCUUUGAUUGCCCAGUACGGAGCCGAUUUCGACCACUUUACGGCGGAAUUGAAGCGAGCAUUGGAGGAGAACACGCGGCUGCUGCAGGCGCAGGAGUCGCUGAAGCGAGAUUUGGGCAGCUGGCGGGAGGAGCGCACAUGCCUGCAGGCACAACUGGGCGUCUGCCGCGACAAGGCCGAGACACAGAUACGCAAAACCGAUCUGGCCAAGGAAAAGCUUGUUGAGGUGAUGCAUUGCUAUGAGCAGCGCGUCCAGACCCUAAUGCUGGACAUGGACCAUCUGCAGGCUGCAUAUGCACGCACCAAAUCCGAGUUGGCGGCACUGAAGAGUGCAGCCCAUGCGCAGGCAUCCACGCCCGACGCGGAGGCAGUACAGCAGUGCAAGGCGCUGCUGGAGCAGCUCAAGCUGGAGCAUGCACGGGACCAAGAUGCCCUGCAGACUCAGCUGGCCACGAGCGGCAACACCGCUGAGCAAAUGCAACAGAAGGCGGUGGCGUUGCAACGCAGUACAGAGAAGGCAAAACAUGCCCGGGAUCGACUGAAGGCGCGUCUACGUAUUGCCCUUCAAUGGGCGCAAAAGCUUGAGGCUGGUAAUGCGGAGAUGCGCGACACCUACGAUGCAGUCCGUCGUCUCGAGGUGCUGGUCAAGCACAAGGAGUCGCAGCUGCGCGGCCUGCACGCGCGGAAUCUGGAGGAGCUGGAGAAAAUGCGGCGCAAGCUAGAGCAAAAGGAUGAGACAAUAAAAACGCUGCUGCGUGGUAAAAUGGAGCGACGACCAGCAGUAGAUUAA